GCUCGCUAGAGGACGCUGCGCAGCUGUGUCAGGUGACGUAAAGGUGACGUAUGUAGGAAGUGUCUUGGAAGAAAAACAAAAUCUGCAGCUGGAUAAAUCACGAGUGAAAUAUUACACGCUGCGGCAACGACGAUGAUGAUGACUUCUCAGCAGCAAUUAAAAGUGUUCCUGUAAGAAAACGCUGUGGCGAUUUAGCACCAAAUAAGACAAGACAAGUUUAUUAUUAUUCAAGCUGGUGCCAUUUCCAGGCCUCUCUAAUGUCUUCUGGGUGUCCACCCCAGUCCCCUGCUGUGGCAAAGUCCGAGGUAGCAGUAGAGGGAGAAUGCCCGCUGCUGGCUGCCACCUUUGCCUACUGGGACAACAUCCUGGGUCCACGGGUGCGCCACAUCUGGGCACCAAAAGGUGACCAGGUGAUGUUCCUCAGCGAUGGAGAGGUCACAUUUUUGGCCAAUCAUACACUGAAUGGGGAGAUUCUGCGUAGUGCCGAGUGUGGUGCCGUGGAUGUGAAGUUCUUUGUUCUGGCGGAAAAGGGCGUCAUCAUUGUGUCUCUGAUCUUCGAUGGCGAGCUGAAGGGGGACAAGAACACGUGCGCUUUGUCCAUCAUCCUCCCUCAGACAGAGCUGGCCUUCUACCUGCCUCUACACACCAUCUGUGUGGAGAGGCUGAAGCAUGUCAUCCGCAAAGGCCGCAUUUGGAUGCAGAAGGGCUACAACAUUAUCUCAGUGCUGAGCUUGGAGAUUGUACCUAUCAUGGAGCUGUUGGCCUCUAUGAAGACACAUAGUGUGCCGGAAGAUAUCGAUAUAAAAGACACCGUGCUAAAUGAUGAUGACAUCGGGGACAGCUGCCACGAGGAUUUCCUCCACAAGGCCAUCAGCUCUCAUCUACAGACUUGCGGCUGCUCAAUAGUGGUUGGAAGCAACCCAGAGAAAGUAAAUAAGAUCGUGCGGACUCUCUGCCUCUUUCUCACCCCGGCCGAGAGGAAGUGCUCUCGCCUCUGCAAAGCCGACUCUUCCUUCAAAUACGACACGGGCCUGUUUGUUCAGGGUCUGCUUAAGGACUCCACAGGCAGCUUCGUCCUGCCCUUCCGCCAGGUGCUCUACUCGCCUUACCCGACCACGCACAUUGACGUCGACAUCAACACAGUCAAGCAGAUGCCGCCGUGCCACGAGCACACGUACAACCAGCGGCGCUACAUGCGGUCUGAGCUAAGUGCGCUCUGGAAGACGGACAGUGAGGAGGACAUUCCCCCUGACAGAGUCAUCCACACAGAUGAAACAUUCACUCCUGACCUGAAUAUAUUUCAAGACGUCAUGCAUAAAGACACUUUGGUGAAGUCAUUUAUAGAUGAGGUGUUCAUGCUGAAGCCAGGCCUGUCCCUGCGGAGCACAUAUCUGGCCCAGUUCCUGCUGUUACUCCACAGGAAGGCCCUCGCGCUGCUCAAGUACAUCGAGGACGAAACGCAAAAAGGGAAGAAGCCGUUUCGAUCCCUCCGCAAUUUGAAGACGGACCUGGACCUGACAGUAGAAGGAGACCUCAACAUAGUAAUGGCCUUCGCUGAGAAGCUGAGGGCAGGACUGCACUCAUUUGUGUUUGGGAAGCCAUUUUACACGAGCAUGCAUGAACGAGAUGUACUCAUGAGCUUUUGACUUCCCUCUUCACCUGCACUUUGGAAACAGGCAUUUUGUUGUAUUAUUUUAUUGCUACAUGAAUGCAUGCACAUGUGUACUCUUUGAGACAAGACUGCUAUUGAUUGAUUGCCAGAUUAUUUGUUUCUGCUUUGCUGAAAUGAAAAGCCUUCCUUUUGUCUUGAUCCACUGAUUGUUACUGCUGUUAUGAGCCAUUAGAAUUUAAGUGUUGACAUUGCCUUGAUCAACUGUAAGUACAUUGUGAGUUGAAUGUUUUUAGGAUUUAAAUUAUUAUCAGCAGGAUGAAUUUUUCAUGUAUUCUUUGCCUUCUGUUAAUAGAGGGUCUGUACUAAUUUAUGGUAUUAAAACUGGCAUCCACCAGUAUUCGCAAUUUAAUUAAAACUUAUAUUUAUUAAAA